AUGUAUGAUUUCCAAGGCAAAAUUUCUAUUCCGCCUUCAACAAUUGAGCAUGAAAUGGUCCAUGAGCCUAGUCGAAGUAUUGAUGAAGCGAAUUUCUUAUUAGAAUCUGCUCCACCUAGGCCGCCUGCUAAUGAUGUCUCUUUCGCUGAUAUUUUACCCACGGGUCUUACUGAGGCACUGGCCAUUGAUUCGGGUAGCGAGGAAAGCGACAUUGAAGAAUACACUGAAGAGACUAUUCGUCAAAUUUUGGAAUCAAAUGACAAUGACAUUGAAGAAGAAGAAUUUCCGCCAGCAUUGACAGAUGGUGUCAGUUGGUCAAGUGACUUUCAAACUUUUACAGGUGUCCAGGAAUUUUACACUGAGCAACCAGGACCUACAAUAACGUUAACUGAUCCUUUUGAACUAUUCUCUUCUGUGUGGGACCAAAAUAUCAUGGACUUAAUUGUACGCGAAACGAACGAGUACGCAUGGCAGACAAUUGGACGACUUAGUGAAGUUGGGAUAAAACCAGAAUCAAGAUUAAACGACUGGGUGGAAGUCACCGUAGAGGAGCUCUACAAGUUUUUCUCCAUAAUGAUUUAUAUGGGCUUGUGUCACAGAGGACGAAUAGACGAAUACUGGACUACGGAUACGUUAGAAAUGCCCCAAUUUCGCCAAAUUAUGUCAAAAAAUCGUUUCCUUCUCAUACUAUGA